AUGGAUAUAGAAAGUUUUUAUCCUCGUCUUUAUCGACUAGCAUCUCGCAAGAUUAAGGAGAUGAGUCAUAGACAAAAGCCCUUCAUAACGUCAAAUAAGAAAGAUGGUUUUCAACAUGACUUACCAACUCCAAAAGAAUUAGUUGAGGUGCUGAUAAGAUCAAAAGGUAAAUGCGCUAUCAGUGGUGUCACAGGCCAUUGGCCAAUAGAACAUUAUUUGAAGCCUGCUCCUCUCUUGUUAGUGAUCGAUCAUAUUAUUCCUGUUUCUCGUGGUGGUUCUUUUGGUGUUGGGAACAUUCAAGUUGCUCUUAGCUGUAUCAAUCAGGUUAAAGGAAACCGUACGGAUGAAGAAGUUAGAGUAUGGCUAGAGGGGCUUAGGAAAAACCAUAAGAAAAAGGAUGAAUGA